AGUGCUCAUCUGCAUCAUGGCUACCCAUGGCUUUCGUCGCAUUUCCGAAUGCUUCGUCCAGCCACACCGCCCCACUGAAAUGUCAAACCAAAUAUGCCAUUUAACACCUUGGGAUAUUGCAAUGUUGAGUAGCCACUAUAUCCAGAAGGGUCUACUUUUCAAGAAGCCUUCAACACUUGUUCAACCAGAUCAUUUCACAGACAAACUGUUGGAGAAACUCAGACACUCUCUUUCUCUCACCCUCUCCCAUUUCUAUCCAUUAGCGGGCCGUUUCGUCACCCACAAAACGCAAGACCCUCCCUUUUAUGUUGUUUUCAUUGAUUGCAAAAACAGUGAUGGAGCGAAAUUCAUCUAUGCAACCUUGGACAUGACCAUAUCUGACAUACUCUCUCCCAUUGACGUCCCACCCAUUGUUCACUCAUUCUUUGACCAUCACAAAGCAGUCAACCAUGAUGGUCACACCAUGCCAUUGUUGUCCAUCCAAGUCACUGAACUAGUGGAUGGUGUUUUCAUAGGUUGUUCCAUGAACCAUGCUGUUGGUGAUGGAACUUCUUACUGGAAUUUCUUCAAUACAUGGUCUCAGAUCUUUCAAGCUCAUGAUCAAGGACAUGAAUACGAAGUUUCCAUUUCACAGCAACUCAUUCACAAUAGAUGGUUUCCGAAUGAUUGCAGCCCACCAAUCAAUCUUCCUUUCAAACAUCCCGACGAGUUUAUCAGCAGAUUUGAAGCGCCCUUUCUGAGAGAGAGAGUCUUCCACUUUUCGGUGGACUCUAUUGCGAAACUGAAAGCAAAAGCCAACUCAGAGUGCAAUACGACAAAAAUCUCUUCAUUCCAGUCAUUAUCAGCACUUGUUUGGAGAAGCAUAACUCGAGCCCGCUCCCCACCAUACGAGCAAAGAACAAGUUGCAAGUUGGCCAUAAACAAUCGACCAAGAAUGGGAGCGGUGCCUGAGGAAUACUUUGGAAACUCAAUUUAUGUGGUGAGUGCAGAAACAACGACAGGGGAAUUGGUAGAAAAUGGUAUAGGAUGGGCAGCGUGGAAGUUGCACUUGACUGUUGCAAAGCAUAAUGAGAGAGUGGUACUGGAAUUGCUGAAAAAGUGGUUAGAAUGUCCAUUGAUAUAUGACCUUGGUAGUUUCUUUGACCCCUACUGCGUGAUGAUGGGUAGCUCGCCCAGGUUUAGCGUGUAUGGAAAUGAAUUUGGAAUGGGAAAAGCAGUGGCCGCUAGAAGUGGGUAUGCUAACAAGUAUGAUGGGAAAGUGACAUCAUAUCCAGGUCGUGAAGGAGGGGGGAGCAUUGAUUUGGAAGUUUGCCUUUCGCCAGAUAAUAUGAGAGCGCUCGAAUCAGAUCAAGAGUUCAUGGAUGCAACAUCUCACUCCAGUCUCUUCUACUAGUUCACUAUGUUUUGUUUUGUUUCCUUUUUUUCUUUUUCUUUUUUUAUUUGAUCAGCUCACUACCUGUUUUGUGCUUGAAUGUGUUGAAGAUGCCAUCCUCAAAAUAAGAUAAUUUGUACUUUGCUGCAAGUCUUUCACUUUGAAGAAAUAUCAUUCAGACCGAGG